AUGUCUCUACAAGCAGCGGCAGGUAAUCAGCCAUGCCAUCAAGCCACCACAGUCCGACUGCUAGUCAACUCCCUUUAUGAGUCAACGCGCGGGUCAACGGCCCUAACGAACCAGGCCCAAACCGAGCUUCGGCUGCUUCUGCCCCUGCUCAGUACGACCGAGACAUAUACUUCCGCUCUAGGCCCGGAAUAUACCCACCUCGCAAUCCUGAAAAAAAUACUACAAAACUGCUAUGCCGUACUGCGGGAAUUGCAGGAGCUUCUGCUACAUCCAGAUGCGCUUGGGGCUCAGAGUCUGAUUUCUGACAUUCGCGCGCGCCUCUCGUCGAUUAUUUACGAGCUUAGUGAUAUGAAUUGCAAUAUGAUGAUUUCAUCACAGAAGUCUAUUGAGCAUGCGCUGAGAUGUUUUGUCGAUGAAAUUCGCGCUGGCAAAAGGGGAACAUCGGUUGUUUCUGAUGUUUUGAAGGACUUAUCAAAUCUCCAGAGAGAUGAAGCUUGGGCUCGCCUGCAAGGAGAGUUGGUAGCUACUGGGAUUGCUUCGGAUUUGUUGACUCUAAACCAUGGCCUCGUUAUCUCGACUCUUCGCAAGAUAAUAACGACGGGUGGUCCACUGCCUGUUGAUAAAGAGAACACAGCUCCAGUAGAGGAAGUCCCUGUGCCGAUGGCAGCAGCACCAGCCCUGAAACUGGAACCCCAGAGAAGCUGGGAUGACAAGGACUGGCUAGCGGACGAACCGACCGACAUUCCAUUUCUCCCGCUCCCGCCAAAAGGCUUCUCAUUCUCAUAUAAGGGCAGUUCAUACCCAAUGCCACAGCAGCCCUAUGCAGAAAAAGAGGCCAUACAGAAUGAAGACUUCCCAAUACCAGUGAUGUUGGACAUGCAUGAUUCCACAGAUACACAGAAACAAGCGCUGCCAGUUGGGAACUUCCUCAUUCCAGUUCUUACAGAGACAGACCCAGAAGUCAACAAUAUGAACUAUCCCAUCCCAGUUCUCACCGACAGAACUCGACAAAAUAACGAUAUGAACCUCCCAAUACCCGUGAAAGCACCUAUGGGGCGCAGGCCCUUCAACGCCUCGGCAGACAUUCGCCCCUUCAAAGUUCCAACGCACUCAAAAAGGCCCAACCGAAUGAGCCGAAUGCUUGGGGGAAUCACCAGCUCCAAAGAUGCCCUUAUAGCCGCCAUAAAAUUUGGCCAGUCCCAAGCUGUGCAAACCCUCCUUUCCAAAGGCGCGGGCGUCAACACCCAAAAUGCCGACGACCAAACCCCACUAAUGGCUGCCGUCUCCUUGAACCACGAAGCCAUAACCCGCCUCCUAAUCGAAUACGGCGCGGACAUAAAUGUCCAGGCAAUAAAAGGGGAGACAGCACUCGUUAUUGCUGCAGCGCACGGCUACGACCGCAUAGUGCGGAUUCUGAUCGCGUCGGGUGCGAACCUGGAAGCUGGUCAUAGGAAUGGCAAGACGGCGCUGUCGCAGGCUGCCGCGUACGGAGAGGACCAGAUUGUGGAGCUGCUGCUGAAUUGCGGGGCUAAUAUUGAUGCCGUUAAUAUUACAGGGGAUACAGCGUUGGCGCUGGCGGCGUCACAUGGGAAUAUGAGGGUUGCGAGACUGUUAGUUGAUCGGGGCGCGGCUAUUGAUCAUAUGCAGUAUCCUUGGCAGACGCCACUAUAUAAGGCUGUUGUGGCGGACGAAGUGGAGAUGGUUAGGCUUUUGAUUGAGCGCGGGGCGGAUCCGUUUGUUAAGGGGGGAAUUGGUCGGACGGAGACGGUUUACGCUCUUGCGACGAACACGAACAGGGGACGGAUUUUGGAGAUUUUUACGGAGAAUGGGUAUUAUGCUGGAGGACGGGGUCGAUAUCAGUUUUUCUGA